GGAAAUCAUGGCGCUUGCGCGGUUGUGAACCUCGCUAAGAUUGUUCAGCAGGGGUUCUUUACCACGUGUGGACAUUGAGCUGUUGUGGCUGUGGUCGUGCGAGGACAUCGCAAUAAUCUGUACCGUAGGAUGCUGCCGUCCAUAUCAAGGUUCAAGAGGCAUUAGCUGAGACUUCCAGUGAGUGCGCCCCUCUCGAUUAAGUUCGCAUCUCGAUUUCCUUUCGCCCCCGCACUUGAGGCGACCGCAGCACGAGCCAGUGUCCACCACAGAGCGUGUUUCGAAGUGCUGGCUCUACCGGCGGAUACGAUGAGAAUAUGUGCCUUAUUGCCCUCGUGCUAGUGGCACACCUAUGCCGCCAAGUCGGCGAAGGAAAGACACCUGGGCAAGGUGUGGCUGUGUGACAGCAGCGGUGCAGUACUGCUACAAGGUGUCCCGGAUGUGAGCACCUGCCAAUCCAGAUGGCAACAGGUGGUCGACGCAGGGUGGCCACCAAGCUCUACAGCGCAGCCGAGGACCUGGAUCAGAUCGCCAAGGAGGCGGAGGCCCGACUAGCACAGCGCAGGCAGGCCCGAGCCGAGGCCAGGGCAAUACGGCUCCGCGAGCUCGAGAAGCAGGCCCGUGAGAAUGACGAGCACUGUGAGAGUGGCCCAGAGCCUGUGCGACCCAUGCGCAUUUCAAGAGAGGGCCGCCCGUUCACCUCGGGCUCCUCUUACUCCGGGUCUCGGAGAAGCAGCGAGGACUCGACCGACGGUCUCGACGGCCGCGACAUCAGGCAUCAGCUGCAGGAUGUCGAGGAGAACUUCCGCAAGGCCAUGAUCAGCAAUGCUCAGCUGGACAACGAGCGCACCGCGCUGGCCUACCAUGUGGACACACUCAAGGAUGACAUGGAGGAGCUUACCGAAAAGUUCCUGCAUGUGCAGAAGGACCACAGGGACAAGUCGCGGGCACUGGACCAGCUACAAAGGGAUCUGCGGAAGCUGCAGGAAGAGAACACUUUGCUGCAAGAGGGCAUUCGGCAACGAGAUGAGCUCAUUGAGGCAAACGGCCUAGUGCUGGUGCAAAAUGGAGAUGGUCCAGACCUGGUCACACAGGAGGCAGCCGAGCUUCUUGACCAGGCAGGACAUGGCUCCUUAGAUGUCCGGUUGAAGCGGUUCGCAGAAGAGAAGCAGCAGCUUCAAGAUGAGAUCAAUCGGCUGCAGUUGGACUUGGCUGAGGAGCGGCAGAAGGUGACUCGACUAGAGCAGAUCUCAGUUGUGCAUGGCCCACAGACCAAUGGACCUGAAAUGAGGCUCAUUGAAGUGCAAAGGGAAGCCAACAAGCAGGUCGAUGACUACAAGUACAGGCUGCGCAAGGCAGAGCAGGAGAACAUAGCACUCCAGAGCAGUGUGUCACGGCUUGAGACACAGGUCUUGCGCUUCAAGGCGACGCUCGAGGAAUCCGAGAAGCUUGAAGACGACCUGAAGGCUGAGAAGCGCAAACUCCAGAGAGAGUGUCGAGAGGCUCAGGCCAGGAUCGAAGAGCUGGAGACAGCCAACAAGCACCUUCAGAAGCGUAUCGACAAACUCAAGUCAGCACGGAACAGCCUCAAGUGACUCCAGAGCGCAACGUCUCCAGUGCUGGCCAGAGCUUGCGUACAGGGGCUGUAGAGGUUUAACUUAUUAUUACCACACGGUCUCUGCCUUCCUUCUCCCUCUGCACCCCUGUGCUCUCCACUUUUUGCAUAACGCAAGGCUUGCGAACGAGGCGCAUUCCACUUGCGGUGGGCUCUGCCAGCGCCUUCGGGCAUUAAUAACGAGCCAUCAACCAUGCUGCGUGCGGGUUCGGAGUGGAGAAAGAGCCUGUGAAAUAUAGUUUGUUCCUGCAGUUUGUCUAGAAACCUGUACAUAUCCAGAGGCAGGGAGUCGCACAGAAACCGCCAUAUCUUGUUUCCCGAGUGGUGUGCUCCCAUCCUCGUGGCAAUGAACAGUGUCGUGAAAGUUGCGACAUGCACAGCGUUGUACGUCGGAGACAAUGGCCGCAUGCGAACACUCUCGAAGGCCAGUGACCACGACGGUAGGCAAAUGGCUGGCCUAUAUCCGUCCCGUAGAUGUGACCAUGGGCUAGUGUACCAUUCGGAACUUUUCCAGCAGCUGGAUUUUAUACAAACACUGACGAUAAACUAUUAGUGGUAAUAUAAUUCUGCGUAAAUGUUUCCGAGACUUGAGGGAAUUAAUGUGGUUGUGGUGGUUUGUGUGUAACAACACGCAAAAGUUGCUUGCACUGCAUUCGCGUGGUUCACAGAUGCAAUUUUUUUUGUGUUGUAACUGGUGGGUUGCAUGGGUCCCUUUUGCCCAUGGUGUGCUGGCCCUCUCCCAUUUACGCACCUGUGUCCAGCGAAACAGAAGCUCAAGCUUAAAUGAAGUGUAUGCGAUUCUCACCAUCUGAUGACAGGCCUGCAGAGACAGUGAACUGCACACACGCAUGCAAUAAAGAUGUCUACUUCUGCUGCUUUCACCUUUUUUUUUUUUUCCAAGAAAAGCCAAAGAGAAUGUUUCUGCCAGCGUCACAACAUGGCCAGCAGUACAUAUGUUGCUCGGUUUUUCUGACAUUUCAAUCGAGCAUGUUUACAUUGUCUGGACACAUCCCAAGUUUCCUUGCUGGUGUGCAGUUUCAUUUGUUGUUCUGCAGUGCAUGAACCUUUCUGUUGUGCUUCCAGAAGUCCUUACUAGAGUGGGUGUGGACGCACAUGCCCUUGGGCAUCGGUUGAAGGUUUUUAUUGAAGUGAAUAUCUAUGGCCACUGGGCCAAGUGCAUGAACAUGUUAAGGCUGCCUUAUUUUUUUAUUUCCAGCAGGGCACGAGACGAGACAGUGGAUUUAAAUGUUUGCAGUGCUGUGAUGCUCCCACGAGUGCCAAUUACUUGCCGAUUUUUUCUUUUGUGCUUGUCACCCACUUGGCUUUGCUGAUGUUCAAACUCUGAUCAGUUUCCCUCCACCUCUUACUGAACUGCCUUUGAGCUUUCCUUGCCCUAAAAUCCGGAGAGAGAGUGUCCUUAUAAAGGGCUUGGUUAUGCAGUGGGCCCUCUAAUAAUAACCUUUCGGGGCUCUUUGUGCAAACAAGUCUUUGUCUUUUAUUUUUUGAGGCUGAAUUUGUGUUCACGUUAGCUUGGUGCAUUACUAGGUCUGUGCUCCUCAUAUGCAGCUUACAAGUCAUUUGAUAAGUUUACUAAAUUUUUAUUAGGUGGCACCACGCUUCAUUCCACAACACCAUGGCUUGGAGAUAUCUCACUUAGGACAAACUAAAAUCGUAGCAAGAAAUGACACAUCGUUGUGUUCAGCAAGUGUUUGCAAGGAACAUCCCUUCACUUGUGAACAAGAGACUUUCCUGGUAAUGAACAAACAUCACAAUGACCCAUUUCUGUUAACCCUUUAUUCAUCCACUUUCUCUGCUUAACUGUAUGUGCUACCUUUCAUUAUUCGUCUCACAAACUCUAGCCCAUUGUGACGGAAUUUUGGCAAGAUGAGAGGUGCUGGUAAUGUUUUGCAGCUCUUUAUUUUCAGGGGCUGUGAAGUAGCCCCUAGCACUGAUGGCAAAGGCAAGCACUACCUUUUCGAUCAAAUUGAAAAUUUUAAAGCUAAUUCGAUGUAGCUGUCAAUGGUGACUGUGUUGCAGUAUAAAGCCUCUCCUCCUCAAAAAUGAAAAAGUGCUUAUAUUGCUGUUUGCCAUACUUGUCAAAUGACUUGGGUAUUACCACAUUGCAGUACAAGGCCAAGGCAAACUACAGUUUGCUGUAAGAAAGUAUCCUUGAAGCUGCAUCUAUUUUUUGGAACUUAUCCUACUGCUGCGAUGCCAGUAAAGGAAUUCACCUCUUACAUCACCUGCCUGUCCUUUCAACAGCGCAAAGCAGUACAAUGUAGCUUCCUUUCUACCAUAAGAAAAAAAAAAUGAGCAAAGUUUCCUAAAAGCAAUGUAAAAUGAUGGGUGUACGAAAUACAUUGUGUGCACAUAUUUUUUUGGCGUGCUAGCAGUGAGGCUUUCUCUUUUUAUCCUGAAAGCAUGGUCCCCCCUGCUCUCAACUGCUGGAUACUCUGCAGGGUGAACUUUGACCGAAUGUAUAGGUUAACAAUCAGUGGCCAUUGUGCCAAGGUGAUAGCUUCCGCCACUCUGACACAGUUCAUCUUGCUGAAAUAACUGAGAAAUGGCUCAAACAACGCAACUUAGGUGAAGCGUGUGAACACUUGAGCAAAUAAAAAAAAAAAAGCUGCA